AUGACCUCCCCAUCCCAGCAGAACACCAACGACGAGACCGACUCCCACGAUGCCGUCCUGGACCGCGCAUAUCUGAACGGCAGCCCUGCCAUCGAAGAGAUUGAGAACAAGCACAUCACCAGCGUCGAAGACCACAUCAACUCGGCAGAUGUUAGUGUCAGCGGAGGCUCCGACACGGAGGCGUCCCGCGGCGACUCGGCCUCUGCGACCAAGAGCACCGAUGGCGACAAGGGCCACCUGCGCAGCUCGUCUACCGUCAAGAAACCCGCCACCUUCAAGGCCGUCUCUGUGAACAAGAAGUUUCUCGCCGCCUCCAAGAGCGCGCCUUCCAACCCCGCCGCGAAACCCAGCGACAAGACAAACGCGGCCUCGGGCCUCAGCGCUGCGCCCUCCUCAUCCUCUACCCUGUCGGCAUCCCGUCCGCGACUCGUCGCCAAGUCGGGCGCUGCAGGUUCUGUCAACAAGUUUUCUUCCUCCUCCAACGGUGGACAGGCAGCAUCCGGCCCUGAUGCCAGCGCCGUCUGGAACAAGAAUCGACAUACCAUCACCUGGACCGACGGCACCAAGGUCACUUUACCGGCGCAGCCCGAGGAACAGGCAGUGCAGGCCCCAGAGCCUGUUCCGGUUCCAGCCGUCGUCAAGGACAAAGCGCAGUUGAUCGAGCCCUCCAAGUCGCCAGCGCCUACAGAAACAGCGACAUCACUGCCCAAGUCUAGCGGACUUCCCUCUGGCAAGGGCAUGAUUCUGAAGCCCGGUUCUGUCGAGAAGCCCACGUUCGUCGCGAAGCCGCCGGCGCCCGCGAGUCCUGCCAAAUCUCCUUGGGCCAAACUUCCUCCCGUCGAAAAGUCGUCACCUGCCGCUGCUGAAUCACCAUUCACCCAUCCUCCGAAUCACCACCGUCUAUCUACCAGGGAUGGCCUACAGCCCAGUAUAUCACCUCCCCCGCCCGCGAGAGAAAUCGCUGCCGACGACUUCAGCAGAUCAGCAUGGCGUGAGGGAGGCGCGGCCGGCAACCGCGAGCUGUACAACUCGCAGUCUGGCCGCUAUGAGCCUGUAGGGGACCGAAGAGGCUCAUUCCGCGCCGACCCGCAUGCGCGACAUCCGGCCGUGAUGCAACGUCCUCACCAUGACCAUCCCGAGCCGUCAGCCGCGUUCCAGACCAGCCGCGCAGCCCAGGAGGGAUCCUACGGACGCCGCCGUGGUAGCUCCAACGUCGGAAACGUUCCAUAUUCCCAGCGAAUGCAUGACCAGCCACCGAAUGCCCGUAGACCCUCAUUCGCCGUCUCCAUUGACGGUCCUGUCUCGCCAGACUCGGCCCACCCGCCUACCGGUCAUGCCGCAGCCCUGCCUCAUGCUUCGCCCGCGCCCGCCCAGGCCGUUCCAGCUCAGCCUGCGGCCCCGCAGAGGUCGGUGGAGGAGGACCUUGAGAUUCAGAAGAAGGUUAUGCGUGAAAGACUCGAGCUCGCCAGGCAACGCCGAAGGGACGAAGAGGCUCGCGAAGAAGCCGAGAAGCAAAAGCGCAUCAAAGCUCGACUCGACGCCAUGGGCCCUGCCCCCGAACGCAAGAGCGCCAAGGAGGCUUCGAAGGAGGAAGGCGCGCAUCCUGCCCAUAUGCAACAACGUCAAGGCUCUGGAGGCUCAGACCCCACAACCCACCCUAAGGAAUCCGCAACAACCUCCAACACUUCUACCACUACUACAGCGACGACGCCUGGCACGGCUUUCAGUACCAUCGACAAGUCUGCCGCCGAUACGUCGCCCAAGGCUGUCGCUGAACAGCCAACCGCUAUGAAGGCUUCCGUGCCCCCGCAUCUGCGUGCAGCAGAGAACAAGUCUGCCGGCGACAACUUCGUCCCUCCUCAGCUCCGAGAUAAAUCGAAUAACAGCAGCAACCCAUCGUGGGGUUCCGCUGCGCCUUCUCAACCUGAACGCUUCAGUACCGCUACAUGGGGACCUCCUCCAGCCCCGCAGGCUGCAGGAAGCGUUUGGGCUCCCAAUACACGGGGGUCGGCAAUGGCACCGCCCUUGCUCCCGGGUGGCUCGCCUGCCUCGCAGUCCCGCACCUCCCGCUUCUUCCCCACAAGGGAUAUCCGACUCGAGUCAGCUGGCCCGGCUGAGCCGGGACGAUCAACAUCGCCCUCGCCCCCACCCCCCGAUAUGCUCGGCCAUCCCGCAUUUGACGGUGAUGCGCUGCACCCCCAUGUUUCUCUGCCGCGACCCCAACCCGUCGUCCGACUUCCUCCGUCAGCGGCCGCUUCCAACAACGGCCCGAGGUCAGGACCACAGUUUUCGUGGGCCAACCCGGCCCCUUACAGAGAUGGAGCCCCUCCCCCUCCCCAAGGCGCUCGGCGUCCCAGCAACGAGUGGGCGCACUCUCGGCCAAGUGGGGGAGAUCACAGCCACAAGAGCGCCGGACAGACUGUCUGGGGUGACAAGUUCCGCGACCUCUUCUCCGACCGAAAGGCCCCUUCAGCCCGCCAUCCGAUCCACACCGGUCAAAGCAUUGGGGAGGCCUCACAGGAUGCUGCUCGGGGCUUCGCCUCUGCCAAGAAGCGGUUCCGCGACAGCCAGCGUUUCCUGACGACCAAGCCAGUCUCGGAGAGCUGCUUCGAGGAGCAGGAGAUGGGCUCUCUGCCUCUGAUCCGCAUGCCGAGGGAGAUGCCUGAUGCAGCUUGGCACCCCGCGCCGCCUCCGGAGCGACCUGCGCCGAGACGCUUCAACAUUAUUGAGAUCACGUCUGCGCCUCAGUUUUGGAUCCCGCAAGACGUGGGACAGGGAGGUCCCGAAUACCAUAUCUUCCUCCCCGGCAUGAACGCGCUCAAGUCGGUUCCCGCACCAGCGCUGCGCUCCCGGAGCAACCCUCGACGCGGUUCCGGACGAGGACCUCGCGCGUCAGCGGCGCCCCGUGGAGGCGGUCUGAAGACGCGAGACAGCACCUCUAGCGAUGUCCCGCCACCGACGGCGACACGCGGCGGCCGCGGCGGUUACCGAGGCCGAGGGUCAGACUGGACCCGACGCGGCACUCCCACUCACGCGGCCUAG